AUGUCUGCGCUAAACACGCCGCGGUCUCGGACGCCUUCUCGAGUCGGUACACCAGUUCCUUCUCCGUCGCGGCUGGCGCCUCCCUCAGUGCGACCGGCCCCAUUGGUCUCUUCACGAGUCUAUAGCCAUGGAACAACCUCCGCAUUACAGACACCGGGCGGAGGAUCUCCUUCAAACGACCUGCCUACGCAUGGCAGGCACGAGGGCGGGGAAAGCUCAGCUUCGUCCGUGACCAACGUCGACAUACUCGCGUCCGAGGGUAUGCUCGUUCAAGAGCCUGAUGCGGAGGUGGAUACGAUUGACGGGGAACCAGUGCCGGUCACUCACAGUGGUGAUGAGGAAUCAAAGCAGCAUCUUCGCGAGCAAUUGCGACGAACGUUAGCGACGAAAGAGUCCUCGGGUGAUGAUACUGGUCAGAGGAGUCGGAAGGACAAGGGAAAGGCCGCCGACGUGAAUGAAUUACCUCACACACCCACGGAUAGUUAUCCUCCACGCCAGUAUUUCGUUUUAACAGAUGCUGGAAAACCCGUAUUUGUCAGUAAUCAACAGGAGGAGGGGUCGGACAGCUUUACGUCUACUAUAGGGAUAAUGCAAGCACUCGUAUCCAUAUUUUUUGACGAUGGCGAUAAACUGCGGUGCAUAAAUGCUGGAAAAACGCGCAUUACAUUUCUCCUGCGGCCGCCGCUAUAUUAUGUCUGUGUGUCGUCUUGGGGCGAACCAGAGUCUGUGACCCGCUUCCACCUUGAGUACCUCCACCUGCAGAUCUUGAGUGUUGUCUCUGCCGAACAGCUGCGUCGAAUGUUUGAACGGCGUACAAACUUCGAUUUACGAAGGUUAUUGAGCGGCGCGGAACCUUUCCUGUAUUCAUUAUUGGCGAGACUCGAAUGGGAUAUCGCCAUGAGCACGUCAUCGCUGCAUUGUCUCAAGGUCGAACCAAUGCUGCGUAAAAGCAUCGCAGACAUUCUUGUACCUACGUCCAAAAUCAAGGAUAUAUUAUAUGUGAUACUUAUCGCACAAGAGCGAGUUAUUACGCUCGUGCGGCCCAAGAAGCAUUCUAUCCACCCAUCAGACAUACAUGUCUUGGUGAACACGAUUCAUGCCCCUUCGAUUCUCAAUUCUUCCGCCUCCGCCUCCUGGUUGCCCGUCUGUCUCCCCAAAUUCAAUUCUGCCGCCUUUGUGAAUGCAUACGUGAUGUUUCUGGGUAGGGACGCAGUAACCAGUACUGCGCCGAAGUCACCUCGAAACAAUACAGAGAGCGAUAUUGUUGUGGAUGAGAGUCAACCAACAGACGCCAUCGCGGAGAGCCGGGAACCAAGCAUUUUAGAUAAACCUGUUCCGGAAAUUGGAUUAGUUUGCGUCAGCGGCAGUGCCGACUUUGAAGCUGUCCGGAAAUGGUGUGAUACGAUCGACUCGCGCCUGACACAAGAUGGGCUGCUGCGAGCGUUAACAAAUGCCAUGAAACGUGGUGAGACAGACUAUUCUGUCGCUGACUUAGGUGUACCUGGUCUUCGCCACUUUGUGUACAAAUCUCGGUCUCAUGUGCAAGUGACCAUGCCCCUUUUCGAGGACCCUUACGACCAACCAAACGAGAAGCGACGCUUGAUAACACUCUAUCAGACGCUAUACGAUGCAAUUCAUGCGAAAUCUGGCCAAGGGAGCACACUGAAGCUUCAGUACAUUCGCACGGAACGCGAGAGCGUCAUGGGAUGGAUUACGCAGCCAUUUGAGCUCUAUCUUGCGUUGUCUCCACUACUCCCGAAGAGUGCUGUGGUGAAUGCCGCCAACUCUGUGGCAAGAUGGGUUCAGAAGGAGGAACGACGACUUUUCCUACGAGACGCGCCUGUGUUCUGA